UCAGGCAUGUGUGGGUACUAGUGUUUAGGACUGUCAUAAUCACAUUUGAACAAAUCGAUAAGUUUGCUUUAUUGUCAGUUUAUUUGAGUUGAAUAAUUACAGCAUGUUCAGCGCGACAUCAGACAUGUUUCAGUCAACAAACACCGCAACUGUCUCAUCUCUGCUGGCGCGCAGGUCUGUAAAGAGACUCCGAGAUGAUGAGAGUGAGACACAACUACAGGAAUCAUGCGUCAAUCUUCUGACCAAACACCAGAACACAUCACAACUCCUGCUGGAGAUCACGUCAUGUGGUAAGAUUAGAAACAUCAGCUGUGACCGAUAUGAAGAGCUGGAGAAGAACACAGCCAUUCCAACAUCUUUUCUAGAGGAUGAACUGCAGAGGCGAUUGCAGCAGAUGGAGGUUUCGGUAGGGCUGCAGUCAGUGACGAUUCUGAAUGAAAACAUUCAUGAUCUUAUCAAACCGACUGAUACAGACUCUGAAUGUGUGUUACUCAGUGCUAAACAGAGGGCUGAUGUGUGUGUGUUACUGAAGUCCACACGAGCACUGCUGUCUGUGGGAAUAUUCAGCCUUGAACUCCUCUGGGAGGAAUACUGGAAAAUGCAGCCCGUGCUGGAGGUGAUGUAUCAUCUACACACUCACAACAUCCUCACACUGGAGUACAUGCUGGAAAGGGAUGUGGCCGUGAGCUCAUGGAUCAGUGAGCAGUUAAAAGCUUUAUGUUUCAAGAAGAUAACAACACCAGAAGACCACCAGAUACAACAUGAGAUUCUGUCUACUGUUGUGUGUGUUCUGGUGCGGAGAGGUUUUGAAGACUCCGAUCAUAAACUCGCCAAUACCUGCUGCUCCAUUCUGGAUACCAUGAUUUCUUGGCUGCUGGACUCAUUGGGGGAUAAAUCCACUGAUAAAUCGACUAUGGGAGUCUGGGUUCAGGUGUAUGACGCCUCAACUUUUGGUGUGUGUGUAUCUGAAGACACACUGCAGCAGUUCUUCACACACACACUCGUGCGUGUUCUUACACACCGACCCGUCUUUAAAGUUUCAGAUGCUGUUGCUCUGCAGAGUGAGUGGACGUUUGCUAAAACACCUCCAUUACUGACAACACUUUUCUGUAAGAUCUGUCUUGUCUUCAGUGUGGACUGUGUUUUGAGUCAGCUGCAGCAAGUUCUAGAGACUCAUGAGGUGAACUGGCGUCACGUUCUCUCAUGUCUCUCAAAUCUGCUGAUAUAUCACUCUCAGACGCAGCGCUGCCUCACAGAUCUGCUGUCCAGACUGCUGAGAGCUGCGUUUGACAAUUAUGAUGUUGAAAAGAUGAUCACGUCAUUCCUGUUGGCCCGUCAGGCAUCUCUCGAGGGUCCUGCUGUCUUUCCCUCCUAUUGUGAUUGGUUUAAACUGUCAUUUGGUGGAUCCAGCACUUAUCAUGGUAACAGUAAGAAGUCCACUGUCUUUCUCCUGAAGUUCCUGUCAGAUCUGGUUCCCUUUGAACCUCCACAGUAUCUGAAAGUUCAUGUUAUGCAUGCUCCAUGCGUUGGAGGAAAGCAUUGUUCUCUCUUGCAGGAGUACAUCACCCUCGCCAAGACCCGACUGACAGAUUUGAAGGUGUCGCUGGAGGACACUGGUAUAUUUGAGGUGGUGAACGGGUCUGCGGGUGUGGUUAAUUGUCCGGCACAGCAGGAUGUUGAAAAAGCUAUAACACUAUUCACGGUCACCAAUAAGAUCCCAGCGACAGUAAUUGAAGCCAGUAUUUUUAGGAGACCAUAUUUCCUGUCUCGAUUCCUCCCUGUGCUCCUCUCUCCACGUGUGCUUCCUCUGAAGGCAGAUACAAGGAUGAGCUUUAUUGAGGCCUUGAGAAAGGCAGAUAAGAUCCCUGCAGCUCUCUACACGUCAUACACAGAGUCCUGUCAGAGAGAGACAGAGCGACAGCAAAAAGGUUUGUGUGAGUCUGUGGAGGUUGAGGAAGAUCAUCAGAUGGUUCUGCAGGAUCAAUUUGUUUAUUUGAGGAGAAUGUUGACUGAUGGGGCCACUGACGGUGAUGUUUGUGCUCAGCUGUCCCGGAUCUCUCUCACGAUGAGGACUCUGUGUACUGAUGAAGAGACAGCAAGUGAUGUCAUCACACUGAACCUUCAGUUACCUGAUUCAACAAACACUGCGGUCGUCAGUUUGAUUAUACAAAACUUCUGUCUGUGUUUACUGGCUGCAUCUAAACUCAACCCUCCAAACAGGCAAGGCUCAUGGGCAAGUAUCUUCCUGAAAAUUCUGUUGGGUCACAGACGGCUCUUUUCAGCCCUGAUACACAGACUGUGGGAUCUGCUUCAUAACCAGGCGAACACUCUGUGCCUGACUCAUGUGCUGGGUUUGGCAGCACUGCUGGUUGAACUGCAUUACUACAGACACAUGUGUCCUCAGAUGCAGGUGAUGUGGCCGUCUGCAGCUGAUCUCUCUGUGUCUGAGCUUCUAUCUGAUGGCCUGAUCUGCUCCACACGCUCACACAUGGCUUUCUGCCUCAGGUUCUGUGUGGCUGUUCUCUCUUAUGGGCUGUGCAGAGCCAACACUCAGUCAGAAGAACUCCAGAAUUUCAUACCAGAAAAACUUUAUAAAAAGGCUCUUUAUCUGAUCCCCAGACUUAUCCUAGAGACUCGAACACACACGAGUGAUGAAUGUGACUCUGAUAUGAACACAGAUAUGUCUGAUCUCACUGGAAGAAUGAAAGACGCAACUAUAGCUCUGUGGCAAAACAAACAGAUCAAAUCCCUGCAGAAACACUAUCAGCUGUCUUUCUCGGAGUGGCUCUCUGCUGAACUUCAUGUACUACGCAGCCAAGAUGCACUGACAGAUCCAGAAAGGCAGGAGUACGAGCAGUGGGCAUGUGAACAGUUUUAUCUACCCAUAUCUGUGAGUGAUGGAGGCUGUGGAGGAGAUGUUACUCGAGCCUGCGCUCGCAUCAUCACUGCUGUUCUAGACCAGCACACAGUAUCACAGACAGCAGCGAGUUCUUCUGAACACACCGAUGGUUGUCUGCCUGACCUGCUGUCUCUCUUACAGGUUCUACUGUAUGACGUAGCAGUCACUCAGCAAAACACCUCAGACAAUGAGGGUCACUUCCUCUGGGACCUGAUUGACAGCAGGUGCUCUGUGACCCCUGACACUGAAAGCAUAAGAUAUGAGCUGGAAUAUCAGAAAACCCUCCAGAACGUCAGCCGGGUACUUGUGAUGAUUCCUGCUGUCCUGCUGGUGAGAGUCAGAACAGACGCAGCAGGAAGAAAAACUCUGGACUGCCAUCGACUGAUGAAGCACAUUAAUGAUGCCCAGAGGGGGGUGUGUUGUCCUGCUGAUUUCCUGUCUCUUCAACUCACGGCUCACUUCUUCAAAGCGGUUGUGAGUGCGAGCGUGAGAUGUGAUCAUCCGGCUGACACAUUGAACGCAUCUCUGUCUCUCUUCUGCGCUCAGUGUCCACUGCUGUUGUUGUCAGCUGUGCGCUGGUGGACGCAUGUGUCAUCGGCGUUAAGCUGUCAGUGGAAGCGUUUGACUGGACGAGACACACUGCCUGAACAGCUGCAGAUACUGAGCGAUUGUCACCGCUGGAGCAGACGGGUGAAUUGGGAACUCGUAUUGUCACCUCCGUCAGCUCCGUCAUGGCUGCUGGCUGCCUGUCUACACAGUGUUCUGGAGAGAUCAACCUGUGAGAUUGAGAACAUUAAACUAGCGCUCAGACAGCUCAACGAGACAGACAGACGGGUUUUGCUCUUCUUGUUUCUCUACAGUGUGAUGAAGCUCAUCUCUGCUCACCUGGAAUCACCGGGUGCGGCGUGUUUGACGCGUGCCAGAGAGUUCAGUGUGAGCGUUUUCACUCAUCUGAUAGAUGAUUCUGAUUGGCUGCAGCUUUUUGAUGGGUCUGGAUCAGAUCACAGACUGUCUGAUUUCACGUCUCAUGUGAUGUCACGCCAGAUGAUCAGACUGAGGCCGUUUGCCUUUUACAGCAUUCUCUGUGGUGUGGAGUCUGAGGUUCUGAUGCGAGCAGUCCGAUCCAGUGGAUUCCUCUAUAGCGCUGCCGUAUCAUACAAAGAACUCAACAAACUCUUCCUGAAUGGUCAGACCGGCGAUGACUCACAGCAGCAGACUCUGCUGGAGUCUCGGCAGGUUCUGAUGAAGUGCAUCUCGCUGAGUUCACCAGACAGCCUGACGCUAAGUCAGAAAAGAAAGCUGCAGUCAGAGUUUGAGCAGCUGGAUUCAGAGAUUUCAGCAUCAUUCAUCACCUUCAGCUGUGACACACACUUCACAUGAGACUUCCACAGCUGCAGGAUGCUUGAAAAACACGAUCACAUAUGAAAUCAUACGUAACACUCACCGGU